AUGAACGGCUGCCUGCUUGGCAAUAUUUCCAUGCUACUGUUGCGGGGCCCGACACGUCGAGGUCACUCUAACGGACUACGCCCUGCUCCGUCCAUCGAACAAGCCAUUCGCGGGGAGCAGAGUGUGUAUAAGAACCUCGACGCAGCUUCUGCUGAAAGAGCUCUGUCUCGUCUCAAGAACGCAGAGCAAUCGCCGAAUGCGCUAUCUGGCAUAGUCCGGCACCCUUUCGAGAUUGCGCUGUGCAAAGCCGACGUUCGUUCAUCCGACUCCCUUGCGCAAGACACAAAAAAGAUAGCGGCCGACGAAUUGCUACAACGACAAAUCGGUACACCCGUCAACCAGUUGAUCAUCAUGGUUCUCAGGGUGAAUAAUGAAUCCGUGACGCAACAGCUCGAGACUACAGGAGGAACUCUCUUACGGUCAAUUCGCACCUUCGACCCCAAGCCUCCACGCUUCGAGCACGCAGAUGAGAUGGUCAAAGAGCUCGAGAUCCAACCACCCAGUCAACAGAGGCUCGAGAUUGAAGUGAACAGCAUCUACGACAGGCUCGUAGUGAUGGAGAACGAAUGCAUUGAGGCUGACAAAGCCCAAUUCUCCAACAAUGAAACGAACCCAAGGCUCAACCACAAGCAAUGGCAGGCUCUUAAUGCACGACACAAUGAGCUUUUAAAUGAGUACCAUGACUUCUUCCUGGCCUCUCAUGACCCCUCCGCCAGUCCAGACUUAUGUCGGCGCGCAAGCGAGUAUGCAAUGCCAGCCCGCUUCCGGAAGCACGGGAUGCAGUCCUUUCUGGAGUUAUUGCAUCACCGUUUACCUGAUUCACUGGAUCACAUGCUUAGCUUCAUCAACCUGGUCUACUCUAAAACGGCCCUACUAUACGAAAUGGUGCCGGCUUUUGAAGAUACGUGGAUUGAAUGUCUUGGUGACCUUGGUAUAUACCGAAUGGGAAUCAAGGACGAUGACUUCAAGGACAGCGAAGUCUGGACCUCAGUUUCACGUCAUUGGCACUCCAAGGCCAGCGACAAGUCUCCUACCGACGGCCGCUUGUAUCACCAACUCGCAAUCUGCGCCAAACCGAACACUCUCCAACAACUGUUUUACUACACAAAGUCACUUUGUGCACAGAUUCCCUUCCUACAAGCUCGAGAUUCGCUUACGACGUUCUUCAGUCAAAACAUGAACGAAGUUUCCGACAUGCCCGUGCCGGCCCGCACGGGUUCGUAUGACAGCGAGAAGAGUUCUGGCGUGGAGCUGACCAACGAGGUGGUUGAAGCUCUAAACUUGGAUCCAAUAGACGAUGAGUCUGACCUCCUGGAGUCCGCUUCCGUUAUCGCUGCGGCCUCAGAGGCCGACACAGUGGACAUUGACGUUGUGGUCACUGAGACUACGAUGCUUGGCGUAGACGAGGACGGCCCAGUCAUUACCGUGGCUUUCAACGACGAAGAGCUUGGUAUCAUGAGGGUCGAAGCUGUUGAUAUCAACACUGCCUUCGUACGCGCCCAUGGUCUACUGUUUUCUGAAAAGAACAGCGAUCAGUUCUCUGCGUACUCGGAAGCCUGCACUAAGAACCUCGCCGGGUAUAUUGAGAGGUCCACCUGCCGGUGGAUGGAGCAUGGGUACCAAAUCUCUAUCGUGCUGGGGUGCGCCCUUCUUGAGUACGAAGAUGUAGUCCUGCCAAAGGAUGACACCCAGGCGACCCACGGGAUAGCCGUCGUUCCGACGCGGAGGUUUUUCAAUGCGCUGGACUUCGUUUCUCGUACCCACAGGACUGUGUUUGGCCUCACUGGCAAUUCCAUGGUGUACCCCUACCUGCACGUUACCCUGGUUUUCCUGCGCCACAUGUCACAGUAUCCCGGCGCGAUGGUCUACAUCGAAGAGAGGAUACCUUGGAAGGCCAUCUCCCUGUUCUUGAACAAGGCUCUGGAAUCCUUUUCAUGCUACCAGAAGAUUGAAUCUGAGGACUUCCCGGUGCCCGCAGAUAGGGAUGCUCGACCGCUCCCCGAAGACUUUGCACAGAGGGGAUUGCUAUGGGUUGAAAAGUAUUAUCCCACUGACUGGUUCACGGGUACGGAGGUGGAGUGCGACAAGAGAUUUCUCGAACUCAGCUAUAUGGUGCGGGAGCGUGCGGACAGGUGUCUUUGGCUAGGGUGUCGUCUUGCCAAGUCAGGCAAGUGGUUAAAGUACGACAAGACAGUCAAGCUUUUCCACGUGGAGUCGAGUUUUGAUGAUGAUCCCCAAAAGUAA